CAACCGCUCUCCCCGCCUCGGCAUCCUCACCGCGCCAAUCUUGCUUCGCCAUCCCGCCUGCGCUCCAGCUCACCGCGCCUACACAGUCCAGCGUCGUCGGAGAUCUUUGAGCGCAACGUGCAAGAGUCCGUAUCAAUCGCCAGCCUCGGAGGUGAAGAACAGGCCGCUCAUAUUCCGGCGCAUGUCGUCACCGAGGAUCACAUCCCUCCAGCUCUCGAGGCUUCCGCACAAGCCAUCACCAGUCAAUCGCUGAACCCUGACGAGGUCGAAAUCGUCACUUCCUCCUCACAUCAACCCGCAGCUACAGCUCUCGAGCACUCAACGUCAAACUUCGGCGCAGAUCACCCCUCCUCCAUCCACUCGUCGAUCCUCGCUCAACGCUCACCGAUCGUUCCCGAGGACUCCGCAUCCACUCACGACUUUGCAACCAGCCCUCACCAGUCUAGCUUUCUACCUGCACUCACAGCUGUCACGACCAGGACCUCCACCACCGAAGAUGACCAGACGGGGCCUUCGGCUGCCAGUACAUAUGCUUCCCUCGAUCCCACGGACGUCCGCCGCCUGAGCUUCAUCUCCUUCAAGGACGUCGUACAGAGUGAACACCAACACAUCUCCUCCCCACUCGCCUACAGCGGAAGUCUUCGCGACAUCGGCAGCCGCGAGAGCCUCCCUCUCAGCCAGUCCCCUCCCCACGAUCGCGCCGCCUCACCACUCCGCUCCCCGACUUCCACCACUGCCAGCGGCGUCACCACUCCGCCC